AUAAGAAGAGUAUAUGUUGAGAGGGAGAUUCAAUCAGACAGGUUGGUGGAAAUGAAAGGCACUGCAAAUUCCUGAAGAAUGCUGGUGAUAUGGCAACAGACAUGAAUGAGCUCCUCCAGGACAAGUACCAAUCUCCAAACUUCCUCCAGGCCUCUCCUCUAUAUAUUUCACUCUGAUUCCCUCGCAUCUCAGUCACAUCCAAGCUAAGCACAUGGAGAAACCACAUGCCCAAUCUGCACUUAAGAAAUUUGUGAAGGUAGGCUCGGAGUCUGCUCUUCCUUGGAGCUCCGCUGCCAGUGCCAGAGGAAUGGCAAAGGAUGAAGUCAAAGAGCAACUUUCUGCUGAUAAAUCAAAGAAGCCUUCCGCAAAAGAAAAUACCAAGCCUGUAGAUGUGAAACUCCACACACAACAGAGAGCUGCCAAACGUGCGAUGUUCAAUUACUCGGUUGCGACCAAGCUGUAUCUCAUGGAGAAACAGAAGAAACACGAAGAGAAGUUGCAAAAGAUGAUCGAAGAGGAAGAGAUACGGCUGCUGAGAAAAGAGAUGAUUCCCAGAGCCCAGUUAAUGCCUUUGUUCGACAGGCCCUUCUACCCACAGAGAUCGAGCAGGCCCCUUGACCAUCCCUAGAGAGCCGGCAUUCCGGAUGUUGAGCAGCAAAUGCUGGACCUGCAUGUAUUGCACCCAUCAGCUCUACAGCUUCCAUCAGCAUUGUCA